AUGAGCAUGUACAAUAGCCAACAUCAUUUGGCGUUUAUCUUUGUCGUCAUAGGUGAUGUGAUCUCCUUUAUGGUUUACCUAGCCCCAGUGCCAACAUUUUACCGGAUUUACAAAAAGAAAACGACUGAGGGUUUCCAAUCGCUGCCCUAUUUGGUAGCUCUGUUUGGUUCCACGCUUUGGCUCUACUAUGGCAUAGUAAAGCAAAAUAUGGUGCUUUUAAUCACAAUCAACACUUUCGGAAGUGUAAUGGAGACUUUGUACAUCGCCAUGUACAUUGUUUAUGCAACAAACGCUUCAAGGAAAUUAACUAUCAAGUUAUUCGGGUUUAUGAACUUGGGACUCUUCUCCUUAAUCGUUGUCUGUAUAAGCUAUGCAGUUCAUAGUGAAUACCGUGCGUUGGUUCUCGGAUGAAUCAAUGUUGCCGUUACCAUCUGUGCAUCUGCAGCGCCCUUGAGUAUUGUGGCACAGGUGAUCCGCACAGGAAGUGUUGAGUUUAUGCCGUUCACCUUAUCAUUCUUCCUUACCUUGAGUGGCGUGUUGUGGUUCUCUUAUGGAAUGCUCCUCAAAGAUAUAUUCAUAGCACUUCCGAAUGGGUUAGGUUUUGUCUUGGGUCUCCUUCAGAUGCUGUUCUACGCCAUAUACAGAAACCGCAAGCAGGUCACAGUUGAUCAGCGGAAUAAGCUUCCUGCACCGGAGCACGUAACGGAUACUGUGAUUCUGAGUAUAGCAACAUCCGAAGUUCAAUCGGUGGAUGCUAAGCAGUGCUAUGAUUAUGACGGGAAAGAUGGAAGCAAGGAGAGUGAUGGGGAUGAACAUGAGAAGUGCGUGGUGGAGAUGGUGGAUGUUGAUGCUUCGGGUGAUCUAGCUAGCCUUUAA